AUGGAUUUACCAUUAAGAUAUUUUCUCAAAGAAAAAAUUGAAGGAAAACUUGUAUUAAGGUUAGAAGAAAUUAAAGCACAAUAUGAGAAUUAUGCUUCACUUAUUCCUGAUGAAGAUUUUCAAAAUGUAAAUGGAUCAAAAUUAUGUUCACAACCUGAUUGGGGCAGAUAUGCCAUGUUAAUAACUACUAGUCCUAAUUUAAUAGAUGUAUUUGCUGUAUUGGAAUCAGAUCGAGAUUAUUAUUUUAUGGCACCUUAUCGAGGAACAACUUUACAAGAUUUAUUAAAAUAUAGUUCAGGAGUAUUAAAUUCAAAUCCAUCUAAUAUACUUGUAGAUGAAAAUUUAUGGAUUACACUUAGUGGAUUUGAAUGUUCUAUUCCUAUUACUGUUGGUGGUUCAGUAUCACAAUCAAUUAAUAAUGAUUAUAUAUUGAAUCUUCCAAAAGUAGGUGCGACAAAUUUUGAUUAUAUUUUGGCAUUAAAUCAUCUUGCAG